UUUGUUUGUCUUCACAACGAUAUAUUGGAUGUUCUGCAAAGUAUAAUUAAACAAUUUAAACACCAGACAUGUCACGUGUAUAUCUUUUGAUACAUAUUGGUUGUUUGUGCCUUCUUGGUGAAGUACUUACUUCGCCUCAUGCAAAUAUAGGAUCUGGAGUUGGGCGAUUUAUAGGCAUCAGUAGACAUCCAUGGGUACUCGUUAACCCAAGGGAUAUCUGGGCAAGGCGGUCAGCACGAUUUGCGGCGAAGGCAAUACUGGAUCCACGAUAUUCAAUCUAUGUGCAUAUUAUAUCGGCGAGGGCAAUGAAUCCGAUGUUUGGCAGAUAUGAAUACUACGAUUUGGUAUUUUUUGUCAAUUAUAUACUAGGAUCAGAUAAGUUCAUUUGCCGAGCUCGAAUUCACUGGAAACCUAAUGCACAUCUGGAACAUGGUUUACUUCGUAACCGAUGCGAUCCCUAUUAACAAUCAUAGUUCAAUGACGAUCAAGAUCAUGAUAAUUAGUUUUCUUUCAUGCCAAAUCGAAAUCAUAAAACAAAUGAAACUUAGAAAUUAAGAAUGGCAAACACUUCACUCCCAAAACAUUUCACUAUUUUACUCCCACUUUGUCAAUUGUAUUGACGAUUUACUCCAAAUGAUUUUGUGACGUUUCACAAUAAAGUUAGCAAAUUUACUUGUAUUUAAAAUGAUAAUUAGAUUUUAGGUUAUUG